AUGUACUACUCUCCAAUAACCCCUGAUACAUCCCUCCGACCAAUUACCCCUGAUAUGAGCUCGGCGUCGAUUCGAGACUCCAUGGUCAGUUCCUCGAGCAGAAGCACCAGUGUCACCGACAUCCCUGCGACAGACCCCACACCGCGGAGACAUGAGGGUUUCUGGAUGUACGACGGCUCGAUCGUGCUACAAGUACAGAAUACGUUGUUUCGUGUCCACCAGACGAUUCUCGCCACGCACUCGGAGGUAUUCGCCACACUGUUCACCGUCCCACAGCCUGAGGGGGAGGACAUGAUCGAUGGAUGCCACGUCGUGGAAUUGCACGACGAUGAGAAGGAUUUCGAGGACCUUCUGGCGGCGGUAUACCGCCCAGAUCACUUCGACACCCUUCCGCUAGACGCUGAUCUAGACACACUCAUGACAUUCAUUGGUGGCAUCUUGCGGUUAUCAACGAAAUACGUCAUUCGAUACCUUCGACAACGGUGCAUCGCCCUACUCCUUGCCAAACUCCCACCGACGUUCGAGGCCUAUGAGGCGAAAUCCGCACUGACCUCCCCGCCGGGCCAUACUCCCGCAGAGCGUUACCGCUCUGACACCGUCAUGCGAGCUAUCAGACUCGCCCAAGACAGCAACGUCCUUGAGGCUCUCCCUUACGCCUACUAUUGUGUCUCUCGCUUUCCUCACAAACGACUUCUCAAGGAUCGCCCAGGAGAUAUCUCGUGGCGAGACAAGACCGUCUGCCUCGUCGGGCGCGAGCGGUUGAACUGGGCGCAGAUGUCCAUGUCGCACUCAUUCCUGCUCGUGUUUCACCGGGCACCGACGUGCCAGAAUGCACUUUGUGCUCACGCCAGAGGUCCACACGCAGAGUGGCAUGCGUUGGAAAGCGCUAGGAGCCCGCACCCUCUCCGGGCGUACGAUCGGUGGGAGCAUUUGAAUGUGUGUCGUGAAUGUGUCGAGUAUUGCCAGGCAAGGCACUUUGAAGGACGACGGGAGGUAUGGAAGCAUCUGCCGUCGCUGUUUGAGAUGGCAAGCUGGGAGGAACUGAAGGAGAGGCAGUACGUAUGA